AUGUAUUAUAAUCCUGUAACUUCUUUAUCGUAUAAAUCCAUACUAGAUUUCACCAUUGAUGGUCGACCUAGUGUUGAUGAUAUACAUGGCUUAUUUUUUACGCUAAUGUCUCAAAUUACAUUUUCGACAAAUAGAUACAUGUUUCGUAAUUAUGCCAACACAUUCACAUCAGAACAGGCCAUUUCGGAGAUUGGUGCACUAAAUAUCACAUCCGCUGCUGCUGCUCGGGCAUCUUUAGCCACAGCCCAGAAAAUGGAAAGAGAUAUGUCUAAAGCACUGAUUCAGCAAUUUCUUUGGACUCGAUUAAUUGAAAACGCGGUGGAACCCGGCAAUCGCACCUAUCGUGAUAAGGGACUGUAUCGUUUGAAAUCAAAGGGUCUAUGUGUACUACAAGAUUUCUGCAUUAAAUCCAAUAUAAUAGAAUUGCUGGUUCAAUUUAAAAAUUGUGUAGAAAUAGCCUCUACGGAACCCAUGUUCCUGAUCCAUGUGGAAAGAACUGAGGAAAAUGACCGCAUGAACACUAAAAGGAAGUACAUCACAAGUUUAUUCGCCAUUAUGAUUGCAAGUUUACCUCUUCGCAAGGAUAGUAACAGCAGUAACACGGCUUCUACUCCUCCUCCUCCUGCUAAAAAACCAAAUCAUCCAUCUCUGAUACAAAGACCAUCCGCCUACAGUCAUUUGGAUUAUAAAAGCCAGUAUAGUAGUAGCAGAAGAAUACCAGCACAAUAUGACAUGUAUUCCGCCUCUUCAGAAAACGGAUUCAACUCAUUAUUUCAACAACAAAAGGCACUACUUCAAAACCUAAGUCCAUCCUCUGCAAACAAAUUUAAAAUGCGCUCAGUAUUUCCAUCCUUGUUGUGCUGCGACUGGUUGGUUGGUUUUUGUACUGUAGCAUCAAAUGAUGAGGCUGAAAGCAUAAUGACGGAAUUUCUAAACCUGGGCUGGAUCACCUUCUACGAUGAAAAACAUCGCAACAAUCAACAGGUCGAGGCAUCCAAGUCUAUUGCAUUAAGAGUCACCGGAUCUGGCAUGAAAGUAGUAAUUGAUGUUUCUUUAGAGCACUCAAUUAUUUCCAAUUUUGAAGAUAUGUCCUUUACGUCACGCUCGCCUCCAUCUAUUUAUCAGGCGACAUACGCAACAACGGUCCAUUCUGAGAAAAAUAAUGACUCGUUUACUCCUAUUUACAACGCUUCUCAUCAACAGCAAACAUAUGAAGAAGACGUAGGCUACUUUGAUACUAAGCAAACAAGCAAAAUGCAGUGUGUUGACUCAUCCGUAUCCGCUUACGUUAGUAAUUCUCCGCCCCUAACCCCAAAUUCAUUCAAUCAGACUAGUGAAAAUAAUAGGGAAACCAACCAUAUCAAACUCAAAGCCGUUUUGAAAGAUACCCAACUUCACGCACUUUUCCGAAAUUUUCUCAACAAUAAUUUUUGCAGUGAAAAUCUGGACUUUUGGAAGGACCACAAUUACUUGAGGCGUCAUUGCCAUGAUGAUCCGGCGAUAUUGAUCACAAUGUCUGUUGAAAAGCAGCAACAGCUUUUACAGGAAGCCUAUAUUCUUUGGACUACUUACCUUAGCCCAGGAUCAGCUCGGGAGCUUAAUAUUGAUCAUAUGCUACGGGAAGACAUGGCAGAGGAAAUUGCUGAAAUGGUCACUUUGGUCAGUACCAGUAACGGAAACAACGUUACGCCCAAGGUGAUCUUUUCUGGAAAUUCGGCAUAUGAAUGUCUCAUCACCAUCUUGAACUGGUUUGACAGAGCCAACGAUCAAGUUUGCAAGCUAUUGGCAGCCGACUCGAUACCUAAAUUUGUCCGCACGGUAGAAUACAAACGGGCUACAAUGUCACAAUUCCGUACACAAGAUACUAUUAGUAAGGCUAGCUUAACCAGUAGUGAUUUUGAUAACUUUCCUCCUCCUCCUCAAAGAAAGCUUAAGGAGACAAUGUAUUCGUAAUACAAAAUGUGUACAUUUUAUUUCCCAC